AUGGCUAAACAACCAAAUUUUCUUAUUGUCGUCGCCGACGAUCUGGGCUUCAGCGACACCAGCCCGUUUGGCGGGGAGAUCGAGACGCCGACCCUUGAGCGUCUGGCCAAAGAAGGAGUCCGACUGACCAACUUCCAUACGGCAUCUGCUUGUUCUCCGACUCGCGCCAUGCUGCUCUCUGGGACGGACCAUCAUAUCGCUGGUCUGGGCCAGCUGAGCGAGCAUAUGAUGGCCCAUCGUGAAGAGUAUCAAGGCCGGCCUGGCUAUGAGGGCUACCUCAAUUUCCGGGUAGCUGCAGCCAGCGAGAUCUUGCAGGAUGCCGGCUACUUCACCCUCAUGUCGGGCAAAUGGCAUCUCGGGCUUCAGAAGCACACGUCACCCCAUGCUCGUGGGUUUGAUCGGAACUUCAGUUUUCUUCCAGGCUCGGGCAAUCAUUACAACUACGAGCCCCAGGCGGACCCGAACCGCAAGACCCCGCGGUUCAUGAACUCGGAUGGGUGGUGGAUGGAGGAUGACCGGAACAUCGACCGUCGCACUGAGCUGCCGGAUGAUUUCUACUCCUCCAAGACCUUUACCGACCGUCUGCUGGGUUUUAUGAAGGACCGUACUGCCGCGCAAAAGGAACAGCCCUUCUUCGCCUAUUUGCCCUUUACUGCGCCGCACUGGCCGCUGCAGGCGCCGCAGCACACCAUCGACAAGUACAAGGGUAAGUAUGAUGAGGGGCCGGAUCAGCUGCGUGCCCGGCGUCUGGACAGACUCAUUGAGCUGGGUUUGGUGCCCGCGGAUGUUGAACCGGCGCCGGUGACGGGCGCGACAGAGCUGGAUACCCCGUGGGAUGAGAAAUCGGACGAGGAGCGAGCCCUGUCGGCAAGGAAAAUGGAGGUAUACGCAGCCAUGGUGGAUGAACUCGACCAGAAUCUUGCACGAGUGGUGGACUAUCUGGAAGAGACGGGCGAGCUGGACAACACGUUUGUGCUGGUCAUGUCUGACAACGGCGCAGAAGGGGUGCUGCUCGAGGCAAUCCCCACGAUGGGCGGGAUGGCGAGCUUCGGAGCCAUUCUCAACGAGUUCUACGACAACAGCCUGGAGAACAUCGGCAAACCGACUUCAUGGGCUUGGUAUGGCCCCCGAUGGGCGUGUGCCGCCAUGGCUCCCUCGCGCGGCUUCAAGACCUGGUCUACCGAAGGGGGGAUCCGGUGUCCCUGUAUCGUGCGCUACCCACGCCUGCAGGCCGGCACAUAUGCGCAUUCCGACGCCUUCACCACUGUCAUGGACAUUCUCCCCACCAUGCUCGAGCUGGCGGGCGUCUGUGCUCCAGAGGGCCAGUUUCGUGGUCGGGAGAUUGUCCCCAUGCGCGGUGCCAGUUGGUUGACUCAUUUGCAGUCUGGGGACCUGAAGCAGACAAGUGUUCAUGAUGAGCAGAAUCAUAUCACCGGCUGGGAACUCUUUGGUCAGCGAGCGAUCCGCCAGGGGUCAUGGAAAGCCGUGUGGAUGCUUCCCCCUCGCGGCAAGGAGUGCUGGGAGCUGUACAACCUCGCCGUGGACCCUGGUGAGAUCCAUGACCAGGCAGCCAACGAGCCGGAAAUCCUCGAACGGCUUGUCAAGCACUGGGAAACCUAUUAUACAGAGACGGGCAUGUUUGAAUACGGACAUAACUUUCCCUAUGCCAUGCAAUAA